UGGUGUCCAUGUCGGCGUACAGCGCAGCUGGCGAUGCCCUGGCCACGAGGGUGGUGACCUUCUACCCUGACAAUCCUGCCUCGGCCUUGCCUAUUGUUCAGGGCGUGGUACUGCUCUUCCACGCCGGCACCGGCACCGUCAAAUGCGUCAUGGAUGCGAGGGAGAUAACUGCUUAUCGCACUGCAGCAGCAUCCACAGUGGCCACAAAGUACCUGGCCACUGAGAAACCGAAAAUCCUCGCCGUGAUGGGUGCCGGGACGCAGGCAAAGAGCCACAUCAUCGUGCUGUCCAAGGUGUUCCAGUUCGAUGAGAUCCGCGUGUGGAACCACCGUGAGCACUCGGCCAUGUCCCUGGUGCACGAUCUGUCCAAGCGCGGUGUCAAGCUGCAGUACAUGUCCUCGCCCAGGGACGCCGUCUGCGACGCCGACGUGGUCGUGACGGCCACAGCUUCGCCCACGCCCAUCGUGCAGUUCGAGUGGCUCAAGAUGGGCGCGCACGUCAACGCGGUGGGCGCACCGCGUCCCGACUGGCAGGAGCUGAGCGGGGAGUUGAUGCGCAAGGCGGUCGUCUACGUGGACUCUACCGAUUGGGCCCGCACCGAGUCUGGUGACAUCGUCUUAUCCGGGGCCGAGAUAUUCGGCGAGAUCGGCGACGUCGUGCUGGGCACCAAAGAGAACAGGCGCGCGGAGACAACGGUCUUCAAGUCGCUCGGCAUGGCAAUAGAGGACGUUCUAACGGCGGACCUUGUCUAUCGUCGCUUGGCGGGAACCCCGAGAAACUAAAUACAAGAGAGAGCGAAAGGCACACAAGUUAUAUUGCACAGCGCACGUUUUUCCUGCACACCACGGACAUUAUCUGAAUACAGAGCUUUAUAAAUAAAU